AUUACAAGAAAUGGAAUCUAAGCUUAGAUCCAACCUUGUUAGAGAAUUUGAAAGAGUACUUAUAUAUGAGAGUCCAGCAUUACAGGAAAAAGCAAGACAUUGCAUGCCGGUUCAAGAGCUACAUGAACGAGCAAGAAGCAAGUUGUCAAUUAUGAAUAAGGAAUUUGGCAAGGAUGAAAAGCCAUUGGAUUUCCAGGACUGUGUAUUAGUGGAGUUACUGGCAUGGUUCAAGAAUGAUUUCUUCAAGUGGUUCGAUGCUCCAACAUGCCCACAGUGUCACUCUAAAAUGACAUCUGCUGGAUCCCUACUGCCCACUGAAGAUGAUCUUGCUUGGGGUGGGAGUCGUGUUGAAGGUUAUUCUUGCCGAGAUUGUGGUACUACUGACCGUUUUGUACGUUACAACCAUCCUGCCAAACUUCUAGAAACACGGCAAGGCCGUUGUGGGGAAUGGGCAAACUGCUUUACCCACUUGUGCCGUACUCUUGGCAUGGAUGCAAGAUAUGUACAUGAUUAUACUGAUCAUGUUUGGACUGAAGUUUUCUCGCAAUCUCAAAAUCGAUGGUUACAUGCUGAUUGCUGUGAGAAUAAACUGGAUAAUCCACUGAUAUAUGAAAAUGGCUGGGGAAAGAAGUUGACAUAUAUAUUUGCUUUUUCAAGAGAUGAAGUUGUUGAUGUUACAUGGAGAUAUACCACUAAACAAAAUGAGGUACUCAAAAGAAGGAAUGAAAAAAAGCAGUGUUGUGAAAUAAGCUGGGUAGUGGAUUGGUCGCACACUGGACUUAAAGCCAUAUCAGUACUGAUUGUGUUUCAGCAUGCCACAUUUGAAAGUGGAAGUGUUACAUGGCAGCUUUGUACUGGAGACAAGUGCUUCCUGGGAAACAAAGAAGGUGUACUGGAGCUUUUCCAAUGUGACUUGGAGCACGAGGCAUCAAUAAUUGAACUAUCAGCACGUCUUUUAAAUGGUCAAGGAGAAAAUGCCUGGCAACAUGCUCAACUCUUUCGUCAGUCAGACAGCUCUCUUGAUCAAUUCCCAUUUCUGAUACACAUUAAAUAUAACUGAAUUGUGUUUGGAAAGUAGGUUAUACAGCUUAGCCAAGUUACAGAGUGAUCUUGUGAUGCCUCUACCUCACACUUUGUAAAUAUAUUGUUGAAGUCUGUGUAGUAUAGUGCCAUGCAAUACUGUUUUUACUUUUGUACCUUUUAACAUGGUGUAGUAGGUAUGCAAGUAUCUCUGUCAAGUAUCUCUUUUUAUCACAUACAAAUGAUUUUUGAACAAGUGAAGUGUUUGUUUUACACAUCUGAAUAGUGUGACAAAAAUUAAUAUACAUUGUAUAUAGAUUUAAAGAUUUUAUUUUUCCUGUUCAUUUAAACUGAACUCUUUCUUUAUUGGUAGUUGUAGAGGUCCUUAUUAUCAAAUAAUUUUGACUAUUUGACAUUUAACAUGUACUAGGAAUAUUUGCUAUGGCACUUUAUUCAUAUUUUUUUUUCCUAAUUAGAUUCCCUAGUAGGUAUAAUAAGGCACCAUGAUUUUGUUAAAAAUUAAGAUUUCUGUAUACAUAUUUUGUUUGAUAUUUUGAGAAAAUCUUUAAUAGGUUUGUGUUUUUAAACCCUUUAAACUGUUUAAAGGUAGCUUUUUUAAAAGAAUAAUGAAAAAGGCAGUACUGUGACAAACAAUACACAAAUAAACCACAUAUAGGAGACUAAAACUUAUGACGUCAUUUCGGUCCAAUUUGAACCAUUGAACAGUCACACAACAGACUAGUUGAUUGUCCAAAUUUAACUGAAACAUUGUCAUAAGUUUCAGUCUCCUAUGUUUGGGUUCUUUGUGUAUUGUAGCCUUGUUUUUAUUUGUAAAAGUACUAUUCCAUUUUAAGAUUCAGGUAUAAAAAAAAAUUAUAUAUAUGAAAUUUUCAUUAUUUUAUUACCUUGCAAAAUCUGUAAUACGUAUCUUCAGGUUAGUCGAGUCUGUUUGUGUGUUCCCGACUCAUUUUUAUGCCAUUUGAAAUUCUGAAAAUUCUGAAAUUUUGGCACUGAAUCAGUCUUAGGUUAAAUAAUCAAUAGGUGUGGCACAAUUUGGUUAAGUAUCAAGCUUUUCUUUUUUUGCCACAGAAAAUUAAAAAAUUAAAGACACUGCAGUGUAGUACUGUAUAUGAUAA